AUGAAUAUCCUCCGGCCAGAAGAUCCAUUGGAUGAAUUUGAUAUUACAUACUUUGAAAAUGAACCAAGAGGAAUAGACGCGUAUAUGAUGCCGGAUAAUCUUUUAUCCCAUGAAUUUGAAACUGUUUUACCAGAUUGGAUUCAAACCCAAUGCAUAGCACCAUCAGUCCUAAGUUCUCCUUCUCAUAGCCGGAAUAAUUCCAAAAUAGACGCACUUGCCUCACCAUUAUUAGUUGGUAAAUCCGGUAAUAUUGACGCUUUGACAUUAAUGAACGCAUCAGCUACUUCAACCCCGGCAUCUUCAACUUCUGGAAGUCCUCAAAUGAAACCUCAAGAACAUAACGCAUCCAAGUCAACGAAGAAGAAACUUCAGCAUCAUCCUAGAAAACGUCAUCAUAGUCAUGGAGAUAUAUUCACAUAUAAUUAUAGCAUCCAUUCAAAAUAUAAAGUUAGUAAAAGUGAAGUGACAUCCCCUAUGGGUCCACCACAUAAACCAAGUGUAACUAUAGCAUCUAUUAAUACAUUAUAUCAUUAUCAAAGACCUCAUGAUGAGAUUAGUCCACGGACAACCACCACCACCACCACAACAACAACAACAACCACUAAAUCAGUCGGAAAUCCAUUCUAUAAGCCACUUACCUCAAGAACAUCACCUAACCAAUCCUUCUCAGAUAAUACACACGACGCAUCCGAAAAUAUUCCAGUAAAUACCAAUCUCAUUACAUUAGUUCAACAGUAUGAUGCCACAUCAUCCACCUCUAAUGCUGAAGCAAACUUUCGAAAACUAGAAGAUGCAAUAAUGGUUGAAUCGUUAUUUAGCAACCACGCAAAACUUCCAACUAUAAUGGACGAUAAUAAAGAGAAUUAUUUUGAUCCAUUAGAUGAUUCUUUUCACUUAUGUUAA